UCUGCAAUAAUCACUUUACAUUUCAUAACAUGAGCUAGCAUUUAAGCAUAAUUUUCAAAAGAUUUUUUGGAGUUUUGAAUAAUACUGCAAAGAUUAUAUAUUACUUUUCAUAUUUAUGAUUUAUCUCAGUCAUAUAAUAAGCAAAUCAAAAUCACCCAUUCAGAUUGACUGCGAACUUUGGGGAGUUAAUAUACCAUUGUCCUUUAGUUCUGCCCUCAAAUCUUAAAGCUUUUUCUAGGGCUCUCUGUCAGUCCCGCUCUUCUUCACUCAAAUUAAAUCGCUGUCUUUUCGAUCCAUUCUUCUUCCCAUUUGGCCGAAAUGAAGCUCACUGUAAAGACUCUCAAGGGCAGCCAUUUUGAGAUUAAGGUUCAGCCUUCCGAUACGGUUAUGGCUGUGAAGAAGAACAUAGAAGAUGUACAAGGCAAAGACAAUUAUCCUUGUGGGCAACAGUUGUUAAUUCACAAUGGUAAAGUGUUGAAAGACGAGACAACUUUAGCUGAUAACAAAGUCUCUGAAGAUGGCUUUCUUGUUGUUAUGCUUAGCAAGAGUAAAACGUUAGGCUCAGCUGGGGCUUCAUCUGCUCAGUCUGCUUCCACCACUCCAUCAACAACUGCACCAAGCUCCAAUUCUAGUCCUGCACUGGAAACCUCUGCACAGGCACCGAUUCCAAAGAUUGCCACAUCUGCUUCUGAUGCAACAACGACUAAUGCAAACACUGAUACCUAUGGUCAAGCUGCUUCAACAUUAGUUGCUGGAAAUGAUCUUGAGCAGACAAUUCAAGAAAUAAUGGAAAUGGGUGGUGGAACCUGGGACAAAGAAACUGUUACUCGUGCACUUCAAGCAGCUUAUAAUAACCCAGAGCGAGCAGUGGAUUACUUAUACUCUGGUAUUCCUGAAAUGGCUGAAGUUGCUGUGCCAGUGGCUCGGUUUCCAGAAAGUCAGGCAACUGAAACUGGUGCAGCAGGAGCUCCACCGGUCUCUGGAGCACCUAAUUCCUCUCCCUUAAAUAUGUUUCCACAGGAGGCAAUUUCAGGUGCUGCUGCUGCUGGACUUGGAUCUUUGGACUUUCUUAGAAACAAUCAACAGUUUCAAGCUUUGCGUUCAAUGGUGCAAUCAAAUCCACAGAUUUUACAGCCUAUGCUUCAAGAGCUUGGAAAGCAAAACCCACAGCUUUUACGAUCAAUUCAAGAACACCAAGUAGAGUUCCUUCAGUUGAUAAAUGAACCUAUUGAUGGCUCUGAAGGGGAUAUAUUUGAUCAGCCUGAUCAAGAAAUGCCUCAUGCAAUCAAUGUCACCCCUGCUGAGCAGGAGGCUAUCGAUCGACUGGAAGCAAUGGGGUUUGAUAGAGCUUUAGUUAUUGAGGCAUUUUUGGCAUGUGAUCGUAAUGAAGAAUUGGCGGCCAACUACUUACUAGAAAAUGGUGGAGAUUUUGAGGAUUGAAUUCAUGGUUCUAUCAGCAUCUUUACUUGGAAAGUUCAUUCAUUUGCACAUGUGACUUCAAAAGUCAGAUAACAGGUCUUAUUUAUUGGGUUUUAGAAGCUGUGAACCAGAAUGCCACCAAGUGGAAACUUGGAGAGGACCUCGUCAAUAGAAAAUAUGAGGUUUGCUAAGAAUUCAAAUGUAUUUUUCAUAAUUAUGAAAUAAUUAUGAGCUUUGUUACUUGUGCAUCGGUGCUUGCUUGUUGUAAAGAGGAUUAGAUUUAAAUUGAGCCAAGCUCAAACUCAAAUUCAAUUUGAGUUGAGAGAAGAUAAAAACUCCCCUUAUAAUUGUUCGAACUUGAUUGGAUACUAAAGUUGAACAAAAAUUAAUUAAAAUAAUAUCAUUUUCAUAUAUAUUAAUCAAAA